GCACGUCUAUGCAGCCAAUCCAAUAACUUUGCCAUCUUGAUUUCACACCGUUUGCUGUGCCACUAGUGGCUAUCCAUAUGGUUAGAAGGUCGUUCCCCUUUUGUCCAUGCGACUCGUGAUAUCGGUUACUCACUCGUCACACUAGAGUAAUGGGAUUGGUGCAGCAAUGAAAAAAAAGUUUACUGCGGACGCAUGGCGAAUGCGAUGGGCCAAAAACGAUAUUGCAUGGCAUAAUCAGCACCCACACCGGCAACUGGUUCAAUAUUGGGACAAAUUCUACACCGGCAACCCUUCCGAAAAAUUAAUUUUCGUCCCAUUGUGUGGGAAGUCAAUUGAUCUACGCUGGCUGUACUGUGAAAAAGGCUUCAGUGUUGUCGGAUGUGAUCUGUCAGAGACUGCUCUCUUGGCUUUUGUGACUGAACACCCAGAUUUGGCCAUGCAACGAACGGAAGUCCUCUUCAAGAAUGGCGAACGCAUUUCCAUGUUUCAUACCCCCGACAAGCGUCUCCGACUUUAUCUUUGUGAUCUUUUCAUCAUGGACCAAUCUCAGGAGGGACCAUUCAAAUACAUCUGGGACAGAGGCUCUUUGGUUGCUGUGGACCAAUCACUGCAAAAAAGAUACGUGGAUUUCGUGAGCACUCUCAUCACACCUGACGCUCGCUGGCUGCUCGAAACGCUUAACUACCCAGAAGGUAUACACGAUGGUCCACCGUGUCGCAUUCCAGAUGAAGAGUGCACCACUUUGUUCGGUCAUGGCUACUCCUUUGAGCUUCUACACGCAGAAUAUGCUCGCAGACUAUUUCCAAAUGCAACUUAUUGUUACAUUCAUAUUAUUCUACUGACACGUAUACCCUCGCGUUGAACUGUGGCACUGAGCGAAACACUUUACUUUAUUCACUGCAAUCUCUAACCCACGUUUUUUGUAUCUUUGUAGCAUACCGUAACUUGAGAUUGUCUUCUAUUUUGGACAGUUAACCCACAACCUAUUUCGAGAUUCACGUUUUUAUCAUCAGUUCUUCCCUUUUCCUUUGCUGUGUCAUUGUCUACAGUUUACGCGUCUUUCCGAUGACCUUUUAUUUUGGCCGUCGAAGUUCCCUUUGAUGUUAACCACUAGUCUUGAAUUUUCAUGAACUUGAUGGAUAAAAUGCACUGAUGGAGCAAUUUUCAAUCAGAGUUCUAUCAUCGUCUUCAAUUUACCUUACCAAAGUGUUUGUUACGUAAUAGAGCCUUAUCCCAAAGUU